AUGUUACACGAACUUUUGCUGGCCUUAUCAGGAGAUUCUGGUGGUAUCUUUGUACACAAAAAGUUUGCCGGACUUCAGGUUUGAGCUUGUACAUGUUCAACUGACCACAUGUACAUAAAUCUUGAAGACCUCUUUGGCGCCAAUAUUUUCAAAACUUGAUAAGUUUAUAGGUGAAUAUUAGCCCACGGGAGGUGUAUUUUUCCAUCCUAGGUUGCUACUGAUUUGCCAUUUAUCCAUGGGAGUGAAGUUGAUCUUCUGAACAGAAUCUGCAAACUUGGGACUUACUUCCAAAACUUUCAAACGUUUCGUAGAAAGUAUUCGGAAGUUUCACCCUAUCUUAAAACGAUCAAACGAUCCAAAGAUGGUAAGCAAAACUAUGAAAUAAUUUAUGUUUUCGAUAUUUUUUAAAUCGAGAAUUUAUUUUAACAGACGGUAUUUCUACUACAUUGUCUUGUGUCUAGGAACAACUUCAGCAGAUUCCUUCGGUUUGUACAUCCAGGCAUUCUGUACUGGUUUGGACCAGGUCCUGGAUUCUUAUAGGAAAAGCUUGAUCGAUUUAGAAAAGCAGGUAAUUGGUUUCAGUCAUACAUGACUGUUGCUAAUACCUUUAUGUUUUAUUGUUUUCUUUAAAUGAAUAUCACAAAGUUCAGUUCUCGAAAUCUGUGACAAUCAUUAUGUUUUAUUUUGUUAUUAUAACAGAUUCUUAAAGAUCCUAAGCUGCCGCUGACUUUUAUUGAACACAGCUUAGAAAAGGUUUGUUUAUUAACCCUUUAAUUCCAAUGAGUGAUUGACAUGUAUCUUCUCCCUAUAAUAUCCAUGCAUCAUCCAGCAGAAAGGUAAUGAGAAUAUUCAAACUUAUCACCUAGAGGUUGUUAUUUUGAUCUGUUAAAACUAAUUUAACUAAUUUACAAGAGUAUGUGUAGCAGCUUUGGAUAUAGUUAUAGCACUUUUCAUGGUGAUAAAGUUUACCAAUGAUCCUUUCCUAUGACAUUCCAAUCCUUGCAGUAUGCAAGAAGUUUAUCACCAUGGACUUACUUAAUUGGCUUAGUCUGCCUUAAGUCUCCUGUAGCUCAGUGGUAGAGCAUCGGAAGUACUAAUCAGAAGGUCGUAGCUUUGACUCCUAAUGGGAACACUUGCAGUUUUUUUUCUUUGAGUAUGCCUGUGUAACUCACUGAAUAACAUCUUCUUUCAUCCUUGAAUAUUUCUAUCUUACCCUUUUAGUACCAAGCUUUGUUUCCUGCCCUGUGGUCAGUAAUAGAACAGAUCCAAGCAAGCAAGGUAGUCAUGCUUAUUUACCAAAUGGUUCAAUUUCCCAGAAUUUGAUGUUAGUUCAUUUUUGAGAGAGUUUGUGCUAACUUUUAGAAAACAUCUCAUUUUGAUACCAACUUAUGUGGACUUACCAUUAUUAACCACUAUGAAGAAUCUGUCAGCCAUUGUUAUGAGUACUGACUUUUGCCUAUUUUCUUCCUGUCAACAGGCUUCAGGAUGUCAAAUUCUGGAUAUUUUGUACCAGAGCUGUAACUGUGGAAUCCCUGAUUUAAGAGAUGCAUUAGAGAGGUAAUAUCUCCUCAAAUAAAACAACUCUGAGUUUGCCUUGUAACAGGACUUUAGGUGUCUCUUUUUUUUGUUGCAUGAUACACUGGAAGAAGAAAUACUGGUACCAAUAAGGGUCAUGAUGUUUUGGUUUGCUUAGAUGUUUGUUUUUUGUGGGGGGGGGGGGGGGGGGGGGGGAGGUGGGAAACAUAAGUCUCAUAAUGCCCAUCUCUACCAGGAAGGAUAUGAUAAUUAGGGCUGAUGUAUAUGUAUAGACAGGGAAAGUCUGUGCUACAAUCAAUUUAACAUUGCACAAAGGAGUUUUAAAUGUAAUAAUGUUUAGCUUGAAAAUUAACGUGGGGGGUUUUCUCUUAGAAUCCUGUUUGUAUGUCAUGGUGUAAUGUACCAGCAACUCAGUGCAUGGUGUCUCCACGGGAUUCACAUUGAUAAGCACUAUGAGUUUUUCAUCAAGGAAGUUACAUCAGAAGAUGAUGAUACAUUGGACAUACCCGAAGAUGGCACCAGCAGUGAUCUGGGAAUACCUGGUAUAACAGGAAGGCAACUUGCUGAAAUACUGGUAAGGCCAGGGUCGAAGAGGAUUGUGCUUUAAUAUUAAAUUACUUGAAGUAAUUAUCAUGCAAUUACUUUAGACAACAAAAAGGUAAGGAGAAUUGUAAAACUUUAUGUUCAAGAAUAAUUUCCAAAGUUAUGCACAACAAAGGUGAUACAUUUGUUGUGGUGAUGUCUUUGUUGUGGUGAUGUCAGAUCAAAUCUAAAAGAUGAAAUGUUAAGAGAAUAUUCAUGAUAGGAAUUUCCAGCAAUUAUCUGUUCCUAUAUCUUAAAGGCAGGGUGAAUUUAAUUGGAAUUUAUGUCUCAUUACCUGCAUGUCAGGAAGGUGACACCAAGAAACAGACACCAGUGCAAUGGAAGUACAGAAUAAAUGCAGAAAUGCUGCCAUCUUAUAUCCCCACAAGAGUGGCUGAUAAGGUGAGAAGUGAUCAUUUGUGUUCAGCUAACUGUUACAGAGAAGAAUCAUGUGAUACAAUAUAUUUUAUACUGAUAGACUUUGGUACUGACUAAAUUCUUCACAAUUUUAAAACUGUUUGGUUUUCCUGUUUAGGUUUUGUUCAUUGGUGAAUCGGUUGGAAUGUUUAAAGGAUCAAAGGCAAAUAACAAUUCUAUUUACAGAAGUAAGUCAUUUUUUUUAUUUGUAUUUAUUAAUAAAUAAUUUUUGUAGUUUGUAUUAUUUUUUUUCACCACUUAAUUGAUUGUUAUGUGGUGAUUUCUAGGUUCUAUAAUUCAGGAUAAAGAGGAAGAAUUCACAAGGUCAUUAUAUUCACUUCAAGAAAUGCCCAGGUUUAAUUUGAUGCUGUUUGAAAAUGAAAUCGACAAGAUUAGGUUGUGUGUUGCUGAGGUAAGUUGAAUUCCAUCCCAAUCUUGCCAAUAAACAAGGGCACAGAAUAUUAUAUCUGUAGAGAAUGUGUAUCUCAUUAUUUAAAAUUUCAGUUGUCAUGAAUUAGUAAGAAUUCUUGUUUUAUUGUGUCUCCUGCAGCAUCUUUGGAAGUUGGUUGUUGAAGAUGUGAAUCUACUAAAACAUUUGCAGGUAAAUAAAGCUUACAUGAAAGCUUUGCUAGUUACCUUAAAUCUUUUCAGAUUUUGCAGAUGGUCUUCAUCUGCAAGAAGAAAUUUCCUUGAAUUGAAAUGCUGCAAGAGUUUAGAAUGGAUCUUUAGGUCCAGUGGAAAAAAUCUUCACAGCCAUGUGUCAAAUUGUAUCCUCACUCCAAAUGUUAAGGAAAAUUUGUGCAAAUCAUUUAAUGUGUCACUCCUCUCUGUAUAUGCCAACAGAGGAGAAAAUUUAACAUCAUAAUGUCUCUCUCUAUGCUAACAUUUUACCGCUUGCACAGAAAGGUGCAAAAAUCAGAUAUUUUUUAUAUCUGAACUUAUCUCAACAAAAUGAUAAAAAAAAAUCACCAAUUCCUUGACAGCUUUUGUUUUCAAGGUGUGACAGAAAUUAUUACUGUUAUAUUUUCAGUCAAUUUAUUACUUUAAAUUUAUUAAAAUUUUGAAAAAUAAUAAGCAUAGUAAUUUUUGUUUUGAUCAUAGAUUUUAAAAGAUUUUUUCCUGAUGGGAAGAGGAGAGCUGUUCUCAGCAUUUAUAGAACAUGCCAGAGGUUUACUUAAACUUCCUCCAUCAGACAACACCUCUCAUGGUAGGACACAACUCAAUAUUUCUAAGAUACCUCUACUUCAUGUGAUCUCCUCAUUUUUUGUUUGUUUGUAUCCUUUUUUUUCUCCCAGAAAGGCAAAGUAGCAUUGUUUGAUUUUUUGCUUCAAUCUUUGCUUCAGAUGCCAAUGUUGCAUUUUUGCAAGUUCUUAGCAAGGUGUGUUGUAUAAGAGUUAUGUAAGUGAGAGAGAGAACUUUGAAAAAAUUGCAUUUUGUAGACUGAUUGCAUAAGGUAGAUCUCUAUACAAUUACAAGAUAUUCUCUUUCUUGCUCUUUAAAAGGAAUAGUUUGUCAAGUGUUAACUGCAUGGCACACCUUUAUAAUAAGUAAGAAAUAGCUAAUGUGUAUUUUGAAUUGAUCACUUUUUUCUCUGUGUAUAAGAGUUACCAAGCUUUCCCCAUCUUUCAUUGUAGGCUCUGGGUGUUUACCAGUAGGGUUGGGCAAAUCUUGCAGUUUGAUGAACUUCCCCUUAUCAGGAGUUCUUUCAUUUAAGAAAGGUCAUUUUUUGUGUAAAUGUUUACAUUACUUAAACUUAAUGUUAAAAGGGUCAUUUUCAGUUUCUUCCAGAUGAUGAUGAAGCUGCCUCUAUGUUCACUGUGGUGAUUGAUGAAGAAUGUACUCAAAAUGAGAAAAAGAAAAAAGCAGCUUCAGCAGGUAGCCAUAUGUCUUACUCAAAUCUAAGAGUUAUUUUAAAUAUGACUGUUUAUGAUAAGUUUAACAUUUAUACUGUUUUUAUACUAGUUAUUUUAUUGAAUAAUUUGUCAGGAUCGUUGUAAGAAUUGAUCUUAGCACUAUACAGGGCACUAGUAACCUAGUUAUGUACCUAAAGUAGCCUAUGACUUGGGUCAUCAAUGGGGUCUCAGUCUGCUGCUCACUGGGUUGAACACUUUAGUUUUCUCUUGCUCUACCUGCUUUUUCUCAUAUCCCAGCUUUCUUUCUUUGUAUUUGGAACAGGCUGUAAAAUUUGAUUGUCUAAGGUGCAAAUCCUCUGGGGAAGUCCAGAAAUUUGGUUUUCCCAUUCAAGUGAGAAAAGCUUUUUUCUAUUAUUUCUCUGUUUGACUUUGCAGAUCAGCCAGGUGUGGUUAUAUCUGGUUGGGACUGUGUCAAGCUACAGUAUGAUGUACAGUGGCCAUUACACAUUCUGUUUCAACCUGCAGUACUUGAAAAGUAAGUCUUAUGCACAAAAGGUAUAAUAAUUGUUCUUGCAGUAUAUUUAAAUUAUUGCAAAGAUGAACAUAUGGGUAGUCUUUUUUGUGGUUUUCAUUGGGUAAUAUGGAAUUCAUGCAACAACUCAAAGCUUGAUGCUCAUAUAGCCAAAGGGAAUGUGUAUUUCAUAUUAGGAGAAAAUGAUGGAACAUGAAUACAUUUUAUGGAAACCUCAAUCAAAUGUAAGACCUUCAAACACAAAGUUAUGAAUACUUUACAACAUGCUGAAUGCAGUUUACCAAGUUGGAGAUUGAAGCUGCAAAUUUAGUCUCAAGAAUGAUUCUCCACUAGCCAUGGAGACCAGCUUGGAGCACUGAAUUGACAUUAAAUAUGACAAAUGGAUACCACAAAAAAGGAAGAUUUUUUUUUAAAUUGAAAAUACAGUGUCCUACUCAUGUAGAAAAGAUUUUGGUUAAGAGAUGAGGAAGCUGACUUCUUGUUCUGUUUGUGUGUGGGUUUUUUUUUUCUGCAGCUACAACAAGUUGUUCAGAUUUUUGUUGAAAGUGAAGCAAACUCAGUUGGAUCUUCAACAAGUGUGGGCAGCAUACAUGGGCACCAAACACUUAUCUACUGCACAGCUAUCAAAUAUGACAAAGAUCUGGCUUUCAAGGAUGCAUAUGGCCUUCUUGGUGGAUAAUCUACAGUAUUACCUGCAGGUAACUUACUUACAACUGAAAAUUUUAAUUAAAAGGAAAUUCUGGAAUUUGCAUUACAUAUAUGCAUGAGAGUACCUACCAACAAACCUAUUAUGUUUUUGUUGAAGGCAGGUAAAUAGUCAGGGAAUUUGAAAAAGCCAGCUUGCUUAUGUAGUGAGUUGAUAUGAAACACCCCCCCCCCCCCCUUUUAAAUGGAAUCAUUUAACUUUGUUUCUUAAGGGAUCAUGAUGUUCUAUUGGUUGUGUUGGUAUACAGGUGGAUGUACUUGAGGCGCAGUACAGUCAGCUUGUGGAAAAAAUCAACAGCACUAGAGAUUUUGAGUCCAUCCGUUUGGCGCAUGACAACUUUCUUACAACAUUGAUGGCUCAGUCUUUUUUACUCAUGAAACCGGUUAGUUUUCAUAUAUAAAUCAAAUGUUAAUAUAAUGAGAGUGAAGUAAAUGAUUGUCGACUGAGAAGCUGUCAAUUGUUAAACAAGUUCUCUUUGUCAGCACCUAAAGAAAUGUACAGAGAACAGUAUGGAGAAUAUGCAUACUGAUGUUUGGGUGUGUACAAUACUGGCACAAAGGGAUGGGAACUAAUUUGGCACAGAGCAAUUCCAGCCCUAGAUAAAAUGUGCCUAUGCUUUUUUUUUUUUUCAGGUUUUUCAAUUUUUUUCUCAUCAUUAUUGGUGUGCUCUUUGUGAUUGACAGGUGUCACACUGCCUUGAUGAGAUCCUGAACUUAUGCCAAUCAUUCAGUGCGCUUCUUCUUCAGACAGGCAGUAGUGGUCUUGCUAAGAGAGAACUGAGCCAGAUUGACAAUAUUACUAAGGUAUAGGCCUAGUGACAAAAUAGAAAGGCAGUUUAUUUCAAUUUUACGAUUCUUGAAUAAAGUCCAUUAUGGGUUUGAACAAGUGCACUUUCAUUCUAUAACUCUAUCAUUGAGUUACAGAGUUCAAAAUUAGUGGUGGUGUGACAUGCACCAUAAUGAGGUCAUUGUUGGUGAAUAAAAAGCAAUCUGUGUUUUAAAUUAUUUUUCUUUUUAAGCCAAACAUUGAUGGGAAAUUAAUUUAUAAACAAAUACUUAUCUCACUGGAAACUUCUUUUCCUUCUCUCCAGACGUAUGAGAGACAAACAGUUCUUUUGUUUCAAAUCUUGUCAAGUGUUCGGAGCCAUCAAGCAAGUCCUCACUUGGCUCAGUUGCUCCUGAGAAUUGACUUCAAUAAACAUUUUUCAUCCUCCACAUUCACAAAUUCAUCAACCUCAGAAGCAACCAGGUACAUGUAAGACAAAGACCUUUAGUUCACAAUAGGUUACCCAUUGUAUUUCCGUGUGAUCUCUAUAUGGCCGUUAAUAAGCCCAUCAUACUCAUAACCCUAACCUUAAGCAUCAUACUCAGAAUUAGCUUUAUAACAUGAAUGAAAUCAUGCUUUGCUUUGUUCAAUUGCAUCCUCAUUGGCUAAGAGUUUUGUAAAUAAAUGCUAAGCAAAGCAGAAAGUUGGCAGGUCUGCGAUUGUUUUUGUCUCAGAAAAAUGCACUCGUACUUGUUUAUUUCAAAUUGCACUCAAGGUUAUCUGUCUUCUCUGGAAUUUUGGGUUCAAUUUCACUCAUUUCCUCACUUUAACGUGACAUUUUCCUCAGGUGAUAAUGAAUUUGAUGUGCUAUUGUUCAUCAUAGUUAGGGAUACUUAGAAAGAAUCUUGCAGUGUAAUACAUGAGAAAGUAAAUCUGAGAUUGCAACAAAGGAAACUAAACAAAUUUGGAGAAAUUGAUAGGGGAUUAUUAAGAUCAUAGAGAGCCAACUUUUUUGUCAUUUUGUCCUCAGCAUAACAGAAACCUCUGGCUUAGUUUGAUUGUUUGAAAAUCAAGACCUUCUAUGUCUGGAUAUAACUUCUACACAGUUCAAGAGCCCACCAAUAUUUACUUACAGCUCAUUACAAAGAACUGCAGAUUAAAAUGCUCAUGAUAAUCUGGAGGAUAGAAGAGAGUAAUAUUACUCUUACUUGGACACAAGUUUAAUUUUGUGCUUUACUGGGCUUUGUAAGUUAAAGAGAAAAAAAAGAGGGUAAAUAUAUUUGUAAGAUGUGACGAAAAAAAUAAAAGGUACCUGUGAGAUUUCCAAGCAAUAACAUCUGAGUAAAGUUGAAAAUGUCUUGGGAAAGUUACUGGUAUAAUUAAAGGACUCCAAAGAAUCAUGCUUUGCUCCUGUCAUUUUGUGUUAGAAUACACUCAAUCAGAUCCUAACCACCCCCACAAGGUUUGGAAGGGAAGGGGGGAGAGGAGGGGAGAGGAGAGGUUCUUUGCUCUGGUUGAGAGCACAAUAAACCCAUCAGUUGCACCUUCCCAACCUCUCAUCUGAAACCUAAGUUUGGAGUUGGCUAGUUC